UGGCCCUUAAUGGUAGAGCUAAGUACUGCAUAUGCCUUGGUGGCCCUUAAUAACCCCAACAACAAUAACGACGUUGAUUCCCACAAUUGCAGGAUUGCAGUGAUAACUAUCAUCAGUGAAGCAGCACAGGUAGUCAGUGCAGACGUCAGUGGCCCUGAUAAACCCAACAAAGAAAGAAGUCAGUGGACAUCAGAGUCAUCAGGAGGUGAAGGAAGACACUGCAGGUAUCCUGAAGCAGCAGUGGUCGCUGCCUCACUCAUCAUCAAUGGCUCAGGUCGACUAUGAUAUCGUCGGCGAGGAACUGGAAAAACAGGAAUUAGAUGCUCCUAAUGGGGUUCCUCCAGCACAUGUAUAUGAGCAGCUGCUCACCAUCUACUUGCUUCAGAAUGAUCUAACUGGGGCCAAAUUUCUUUGGAAGCGUAUUCCGUCAAGCACUAAAAAUGCUACCCCAGAACUUGCCCUUAUAUGGGAAGUAGGUCAGAACUUGUGGCAACGUGACCUACCAGCUGUAUAUGCUGCCCUUAAACAAGAAUGGUCACCAAAUGUCAAGGACAUCAUGAAAGUUGUACAUGAUCAUGUACGCCAGAGAGCUGUGGAUCUUGUUGCACGAGCAUACACAUCCAUCAGUGCUGAAGACUUUGCUCAGUUAGUGGGUAUGAGCGUAGAUGAUGCCGUGAUAGCUGCAAAGGGGCAUGGCUGGGGAUAUGAUGAGCCAACACGCAUGAUUCUUCCUGUUCCACAAGCUCCUCAACCCCAUACCCCAACUCCAUCUGAAGAACAGCUGCGUAGACUUGCAGACUACGUUUCAUUUUUGGAAAACUGAUUGUAUUAAGAUAGGUUAAUAUAUUUAUUGUCAUAUUUUGACAAGUGAAUUAAAAGGUGCAUGAUUGAAUAUUAA